AUGGCUUCCAAAACUCACUCUUCCCUUGCUCUUUUCCUCACACUCAACAUCCUCUUCUUCGCCCUUGUCUCUGCUUGUGGCACAUGCCCUGGCACAAACCCAAACCCAAACCCAAGGCCAAAGCAUAAGCCUGUCAAACCAAGCCCUUCAGGUGGAUAUGGUGGUCGAGGUGGUUCGGGAGGCUCUGGUGGUUCCGGUGGCUCAGGUGGUUCCGGUGGAUCUGGUGGUUCAGGAGGCUCUGGUGGUUCUGGUGCCUCAUGCCCCCGUGAUGCACUGAAACUAGGUGUAUGCGCCAAUGUGCUAAACGGGUUGGUGAACGCCACUUUGGGUCAACCACCAGUUACCCCUUGCUGCUCCCUUCUGGAUGGCCUCGUCGAUCUUGAGGCUGCAGUGUGUCUCUGCACUGCCCUUAGAGCAAACAUUUUGGGCAUCAAUCUCAACCUUCCCAUCUCACUCUCCUUGCUUCUCAACGUUUGCUCAAAACAGGCCCCACGUGAUUUCCAGUGUGCCUAA